GCAGCAACGGGCGAUCUCGCUACUGUGAAAGCGCUGCUGGAUGGAGGGGAUUGUGUCAGCGUUGAUAUGGCUGAUACGAAUGGUUUCACGCCCUUGAUGAUCGCCGCUCAGGCGGGGCAUGGUAGCGUUAUGCAGGUGCUUUUUGAGAACGGAGCACGCGCUGGUGAGACAGCGGCCGAUGGAAACACAGCGCUUCACCUGGCGGCUCGUAAUGGACAUCUCGAAGCUUGUCGGAUUUUAAUCAGUGAAGAAGCUGAUGUGAACGCAGUCAAUGAGGCUGGCUUGGACGCGCUGAUGGACGCUGCCCAAACGGGGAAU